GAGACUGAUCAAUAAAACGAUUUCCUGCUCACGAAUCAGCCUCUCACCUCUGAGUAUGACAGAGAAGGAACUGGCUCACUGCAUCCUGUCACAAGGGUCUGCAGAGAACUCUUCACUUUCCAACAGAAAAGAGGAAACACACGUCUGUUAAAACAUGUCAGACUCCUUGGUUGUGUGUGAUGUGGACGAGACCCUGAUGGCUAAACUGAAGAAGUUUCGUUUCCGCAAAGAGACCAGCAACGCAGCCAUCAUUAUGAAAAUUGACAAGGAUAAACAGCUUGUAAUCAUUGAAGAAGAAUAUGAAGACAUUUCCCCGGAUGACCUGAGAAGUGAACUCCCAGAGAGACAGCCAAGAUUUCUUGUGUACAGUUAUAAAUACAACCACUCAGAUGGAAGAGUUUCCUAUCCCCUCUGCUUCAUCUUCUCCAGCCCUGUCGGUUGCAAGCCUGAACAGCAGAUGAUGUAUGCUGGUAGCAAGAACAGAUUAGUGCAGGCAGCAGAACUCACCAAGGUGUUUGAGAUCAGGAACACAGAUGACUUGACCGAAGACUGGCUGAAAGAGAAACUGUCCUUUUUCGGCUGAUCAGAAACAGGAUGGAUGGGUUUUUAAAACAAAUUCAGGAACUGUAAACAAAAGGGUACUGAGAAUUGAAAUUGAGAAUUAAAUUUUUAGUUUCUCAAUAUUUCGAAAAUCUAUGAUGCGAUCCAUUCUCUUUAUAAUCUUUACUAUGCCUGUUUGUAAUAAAAAAAAAGACCAAAUCACUGAUUACAAAUUAAAAAUGAUAUAAUCAAACAUCA